UUCUCAGAUUUAAAACGACACUCACUGAAGAUAUAUAGGCAUAUAUAUACACACAUAUAUAAAAGUUAUAAAUUCUACCUAAAAGGAGUCCUCAAGGAAGCUCUUACCUUUCCUUGAGUGAGGGCGACUGUUACCAACGCCGAUUAACUUAGGCUGCUUUCCUUUUAGGAGACACAAAUCGACACAGUAUAACACACUCGAACACUGUUUGCCACACUUAAAUGGAACGCGAUAUGUGCAGUGUGUGUACCGUGUGUACGAACUUUUAGUACCUAACCAUAAAUAAAUUUUGAUCUUAACGGACACACAUAAGAUUCGAUUAUUAAAGAGUGAUUGAGGUGAUAUGAUGAUUUUCGAGUAAAGAUGAAUGCAGUAACGAAUAUUUUGAUGGAAAAUAGCAGUAGUAGUAGUAGUAGCAGCAGCAGUAGUAGCAGUAUUAGUAGUAAAUAUGAAUUUUCAUCUGAUGAUGAACAAAAUCAUGAUAUUCUGUUUCCAAUCCUACAAAUACUGCUAACUGGUUGUAGAAGGCAUCGCGUACAAAACUACAUCGAAGUUGUACAUAGUUGGACGGAUGCAGAAUUCAAAGAACAUUUAAGAUUGCAUCGUAAUGUUGCCAUAACAUUAAUUGAUAAACUUACAGAAAGUGGAAUUCUGCCAUCGCAUUUCUUUGGUCGACCAAAGAUAUCUGCAGAAUGGAGUUUAUUCAUCACAUUAUGGUUUCUAGCUAACACUGAACCGUAUCGCACUUUAUUGGAUAGAUUUAAUUUAGAUAAAAAAUUAGGAUUACAACUUUUUUGA